UAUUUUAUUUAAAUAUACAAUUGUAUUAUUUUAAGAUGUAUUAAAUAUAUAUAUAUUUUAUGGUAACUUGCCCUCAAGAUAUAUGUAUAUGGGUGAAAUUGAAGACGCUUCAUUUAAGUGAGGUUACUGGUGUUUUGGAUGUUUAAUUCAGCACCGGUAUUGCAUGACAGUUGUUGGAAUAACAAGUGGUUUAUUUUUAAAACCACAUCUUUUAAAAUUUAGGUUCAGAUAGUUACAGUAAAAGUUGUAAUAGUUUAAAAGAAAGCCAGCAGAAAUCGAAGCAAACAUGUCCGGAGAAGUGCGUUUGAGGCAGUUGGAGCAGUUUAUUUUGGAUGGGCCGGCUCAGACCAAUGGGCAGUGCUUCAGUGUGGAGACCUUACUGGAUAUACUCAUCUGUCUUUAUGAUGAAUGCAAUAAUUCUCCAUUGAGAAGAGAGAAGAACAUUCUUGAAUACCUAGAAUGGGCUAAACCAUUUACUUCUAAAGUGAAACAAAUGCGAUUACAUAGAGAAGACUUUGAAAUAUUAAAGGUGAUUGGUCGAGGAGCUUUUGGGGAGGUUGCUGUAGUAAAACUAAAAAAUGCAGAUAAGGUAUUUGCCAUGAAAAUUUUGAAUAAAUGGGAAAUGCUGAAAAGAGCUGAGACAGCAUGUUUUCGUGAAGAAAGAGAUGUGUUGGUGAAUGGAGACAGUAAGUGGAUUACAACUUUGCACUAUGCUUUCCAGGAUGACAAUAACUUAUACCUGGUUAUGGAUUAUUAUGUUGGUGGGGAUUUGCUUACUCUGCUCAGCAAAUUUGAAGAUAGAUUGCCUGAAGAUAUGGCUCGAUUUUACUUGGCUGAGAUGGUGAUAGCAAUCGACUCAGUUCAUCAACUACAUUAUGUACACAGAGACAUUAAACCUGACAAUAUAUUGAUGGAUAUGAAUGGACAUAUUCGGUUAGCAGAUUUUGGAUCUUGUCUGAAGCUGAUGGAAGAUGGAACGGAGAGGUUUCAGUUUCCAGCCCAAGUGACUGAUGUUUCUGAAAACGCUAAGGAUCUUAUUCGAAGACUCAUUUGUAGCAGAGAACAUCGACUUGGUCAAAAUGGAAUAGAAGACUUCAAGAAACACCCAUUUUUUAGUGGCAUUGAUUGGGAUAAUAUUAGAAACUGUGAAGCACCUUAUAUUCCAGAAGUUAGUAGCCCAACAGAUACAUCAAAUUUUGAUGUGGAUGAUGAUUGUUUAAAAAAUUCUGAAACAAUGCCCCCACCAACACAUACUGCAUUUUCUGGCCACCAUCUGCCAUUUGUUGGUUUUACAUAUACUAGUAGCUGUGUUCUUUCUGAUCGGAGCUGUUUAAGAGUUACAGCUGGUCUCACCUCAGUAGAUCUUGAUGUUAGUGUUCAGAGGACUCUAGAUAACAACUUAGCAACUGAAGCUUAUGAAAGAAGAAUUAAGCGCCUUGAACAAGAGAAACUUGAACUUAGUAGAAAGCUUCAAGAAUCAACACAGACUGUCCAAGCUCUACAGCAUUCAACUGUUGAUGGUCCACUCACAGCAAGCAAAGAUUUAGAAAUAAAGAACUUAAACGAAGAAAUUGAAAAACUAAGGAAGCAAGUAGCGGAAUCAAGUCAUUUGGAACAGCAACUUGAAGAAGCCAAUUCUGUGAGACGAGAACUAGAGGAUGCUAUUAGACAAACCAAGGCUUAUGAAAAACAAAUCAAAACUUUACAACAAGAAAGAGAAGAACUAAAUAAGGAACUAGUCCAGGCUAGUGAGCGAUUAAAAAACCAAUCCAAAGAGCUGAAAGACGCACACUGUCAGAGGAAACUGGCCAUGCAGGAAUUCAUGGAGAUCAAUGAGCGACUAACAGAAUUGCACACCCAAAAACAGAAACUUGCUCGCCAUGUCCGAGAUAAGGAAGAAGAGGUGGACCUGGUGAUGCAAAAAGUUGAAAGCUUAAGGCAAGAACUGCGCAGAACAGAAAGAGCCAAAAAAGAGUUGGAAGUUCAUACUGAAGCUCUAGUUGCUGAGUCAUCUAAAGACAGGAAACUACGUGAGCAGAGCGAGUAUUAUUCUAAGCAACUGGAAAAUGAAUUGGAAGGACUGAAGCAAAAACAAAUUAGUUAUUCACCAGGCAUAUGCAGCAUAGAACACCAGCAAGAGAUAACCAAACUGAAGACUGAUUUGGAAAAGAAAAGUAUCUUUUAUGAAGAAGAAUUAUCUAAAAGAGAGGGAAUACAUGCAAAUGAGAUUAAAAAUCUGAAGAAAGAACUGCAUGAUUCAGAAGGCCAGCAGCUGGCUCUCAACAAAGAAAUUAUGGUUUUAAAAGACAAAUUGGAAAAAACGAGGAGAGAAAGUCAAAGUGAAAGGGAAGAAUUUGAAAAUGAGUUCAAACAACAAUAUGAGCGAGAAAAAGUGUUAUUAACUGAAGAAAAUAAGAAGUUGACAAGUGAACUUGAUAAGCUUACCACUUUGUAUGAAAACUUAAGUAUGCACAACCAGCAGUUAGAAGAAGAGAUAAAAGAUCUAGCUGAUAAGAAAGAAUCUGUUGCACAUUGGGAAGCCCAAAUCACAGAAAUAAUUCAGUGGGUCAGUGAUGAAAAGGAUGCACGAGGAUAUCUUCAGGCCUUAGCUUCUAAAAUGACUGAAGAAUUGGAAGCACUGAGAAAUUCCAGCUUGGGUACACGAGCAACAGAUAUGCCAUGGAAAAUGCGUCGUUUUGCAAAACUGGACAUGUCAGCUAGACUAGAGUUGCAAUCGGCUCUGGAUGCAGAAAUAAGAGCCAAACAGGCCAUCCAAGAAGAGCUGAAUAAAGUUAAAGCAUCUAACAUCAUAACGGAAUGUAAACUAAAAGAUUCUGAGAAGAAGAAUUUGGAACUACUAACAGAAAUUGAACAGCUGCUAAAGGAUACCGAAGAGCUGAGAUCUGAAAAGGGUAUAGAGCACCAAGACUCACAGCAUUCUUUCUUGGCAUUUUUGAAUACGCCUACCGAUGCUCUGGAUCAAUUUGAAGAUUCCUUUUCUUCUUCCUCAUCCUCACUGAUUGAUUUUUUGGAUGACCGCUCUCCAUCCUGUACUCCAGCUAACAAAGGCAGACGUACUGAUCCUGUUGGGAACACUUAUGUAUGGAACCCGAGCAUCAAGUUUUACAACCAGUCAAGGUCCACAUCUCCUUCCACUUCUAGUGAAGCUGAGCCAGUUAAGAUUGCAGACUCAGCUCCACUUCCAGGGCACACACCGACCUUAAGGAAAAAGGGAUGCCCGGGUUCAACUGGCCUUCCAACUAAGCGCAAGACUCAUCAGUUUUUUGUAAAAUCUUUCACUUCUCCCACCAAAUGUCAUCAGUGUACCUCUCUGAUGGUGGGUUUAAUCAGACAAGGCUGUUCAUGUGAAGUGUGUGGAUUCUCAUGCCAUAUAACUUGUGUAAACAAAGCUCCAACUGCAUGUCCAGUUCCUCCUGAGCAGACAAAAGGUCCCCUGGGUAUAGACCCACAGAAAGGAAUAGGAACGGCGUAUGAAGGUCAUGUUAGAAUCCCUAAGCCAGCUGGAGUAAAGAAAGGAUGGCAGAGGGCCCUGGCUGUGGUUUGUGACUUCAAACUCUUUCUGUAUGAUAUCACUGAAGGAAAAGCAUCUCAGCCCAGUGUUGUCAUUAGUCAAGUUAUUGACAUGAGAGAUGAAGAAUUUUCUGUGAGUUCUGUCUUGGCUUCUGAUGUUAUUCAUGCAAGUCGUAAAGAUAUACCUUGUAUAUUUAGAGUCACAGCUUCACAACUCUCAGCGCCUAAUAACAAAUGUUCAAUCCUGAUGCUGGCCGACAGUGAGAAUGAGAAGAGUAAGUGGGUAGGAGUGCUCAGUGAAUUGCACAAGAUCUUGAAGAAAAACAAAUUCAGAGACCGCUCAGUCUAUGUUCCCAAAGAGGCUUAUGACAGCGCUCUGCCUCUUAUUAAAACAACCCAGGCUGCUGCAAUCAUAGAUCAUGAAAGGAUAGCUUUGGGAAAUGAAGAAGGAUUAUUUGUUGUGCAUGUCACCAAAGAUGAAAUUAUUAGAGUUGGUGACAAUAAGAAGAUUCAUCAGAUUGAACUCAUUCCAAGUGAUCAGCUUGUUGCAGUGAUCUCAGGACGAAAUCGUCAUGUACGACUUUUUCCUAUGUCAGCUUUGGACGGGCGAGAGACAGAUUUUUACAAGUUGGCAGAAACUAAAGGGUGUCAAACUAUAACUUCUGGAAAAGUACGCCAUGGAGCUCUAACAUGCCUGUGUGUGGCAAUGAAAAGGCAGGUCCUCUGUUAUGAACUAUUUCAGAGCAAGACCCGUCACAGAAAAUUUAAGGAAAUUCAAGUCCCAUAUAAUGUCCAGUGGAUGGCAGUCUUCAGUGAACAACUCUGUGUGGGAUUUCAGUCAGGAUUUCUAAGAUACCCCUUGAAUGGAGAAGGAAGUCCAUGCAGUAUGCUCCAUUCAAAUGAUCACACACUGUCAUUUAUUACACAUCAACCAAUGGAUGCUAUCUGCGCAGUUGAGAUCUCCAGUAAAGAAUAUCUGCUGUGUUUUAACAGCAUUGGAAUAUACACUGACUGCCAGGGCCGAAGAUCUAGACAACAGGAAUUGAUGUGGCCAGCAAAUCCUUCCUCUUGUUGUUACAAUGCACCUUAUCUCUCAGUAUACAGUGAAAAUGCAGUUGAUAUAUUUGAUGUGAACUCCAUGGAAUGGAUUCAGACUCUUCCUCUCAAAAAGGCUCGACCUUUAAACAUUGACGGCUCAUUAAACCUUUUAGGGUUGGAGACCAUUAGAUUAAUAUAUUUCAAAAAUAAGAUGGCAGAAGGGGAUGAACUGGUAGUUCCUGAAACAUCAGAUAAUAGUCGGAAACAAAUGGUUAGAAAUAUCAACAACAAGCGACGUUAUUCCUUCAGAGUCCCAGAGGAGGAAAGGAUGCAACAGAGGAGGGAGAUGCUACGAGAUCCAGAAAUGAGAAAUAAAUUAAUCUCUAACCCAACUAAUUUUAACCACAUAGCACACAUGGGUCCUGGAGAUGGAAUACAGAUCCUGAAAGACCUGCCCAUGCCAGGUUUCCCUUAUCCAUCCCCUCAUCAUCACUCCGGUCUGAUCUCCUCUCCGAUCAACUUUGAGCACAUCUAUCACAUGACUGUUAAUUCUGCUGAAAAAUUUCUCUCUCCUGAUUCCAUAAACCCUGAAUAUUCCCCGUCUCUACGCUCUGUCCCUGGUACACCAAGCUUUAUGACUCUGAGGAACCCUCGUCCUCAGGAAAGCCGGACAGUAUUCAGUGGCUCGGUCAGUAUUCCAUCCAUCACCAAGUCCCGCCCGGAGCCAGGCCGCUCCAUGAGUGCCAGCAGUGGCCUGUCAGCAAGGUCAUCCGCUCAGAAUGGCAGUGCACUGAAGCGGGAGCUCUCUGGAGGAAGCUACAGUGCAAAGCGGCAGCCGAUGCCUUCCCCGUCAGAGGGCUCCUUGUCAUCCGGAGGCAUGGACCAGGGAAGUGAUGCCCCUGCCAGGGACUAUGACGGAGAGGACUCCGACUCUCCAAGGCAUUCCACAGCAUCCAACAGCUCCAACCUGAGCAGCCCCCCAAGCCCAGUUUCACCCCGAAAGACCAAGAGCCUCUCUCUGGAGAGCACCGAGCGCGGGAGCUGGGACCCGUGAACCCAGGGUGCUAGUGCCCGAGCCCCUCCGCUGCCCUCCCCCACCUCCAUCUCCUUCUCCACCCCGGCCAGCCGGGACCCAGCAGCAGUGGCGGGCCAGGGAGUGCCAUUGCCUGGCAGCUCCACGCCCCUGGCCAGCAGCAGCCACGAGGCCACUUCCCCUGCGGCUGAGGUCGGCGGCAGUUCAUUCCUGCGUAGAGUUGCUUUCAGUAACAUUUACUCCCCCAGCCCCAAAGGUAGCUUCGGUAGGCAGACUACACAAGUGUAACUACGAGUGAGACUAGACAGGUCUGUUUCACAGUAGCACCUCGCUGUACCCUCAGCGUGAGCAGAGGGACCCAACUGCAGAGGCCGCUGUGCGCUGCUGCUGAUUCUUGCUGGAAAUCCCCACGAAUCCUCACAAAUUAAAAUGAUGCAUAUUUUACUACAGUACAGAGUUUAAAUACAUAAAUGUAGAAGUUAAAUACUGAAUGUAUAUAGUCAAAAGAAGCACCUUGUAAUCAAUGAGAUGGAUGCAUAUAUGAGAGAGAGCAUUUAAUUUAAGAGAUGUGUUGUUUCUUGUCUUUUUCCCAGCUAAGCCACGUACAGGGUAGAAAGGCUUCAUGCUGACAUUGGUAGAGGGAGGGGGGAACCGAGGUCCCUGCGGUGCCUGUCCUCACACUGCUGGCAGGCCGUGGUCAUCUGGGGCCCUUAGGGGACAUCCAAGACACUGGCUUCAUUGAUGACAACCUGGACCACCAGGGUUGAAACAUUUGAAACCACUUGAGCAGCAGCUUCAAAGGCACGCUCACCUCUACCCAUUUUUUUCUAGUGAUAGAAUUCAAACUACACUUUUAUUAUAUUUCAUAUCUUCUACAGGUGAUGCAAUGCUGUCACCGUCUGAUCCCUUCCAUCUGAAGGGAGUGUUGUGGCUUCUGAAAGUUCAUAAAAAGGUUCAUAAAAGUGCUUUUUCACCUAGGUUACAGUGAAGUGUCUGUCCCAGGGCUGGAGAUGGCUUCUGAAGGAGAGCCUGUUUCCUUAGGAUGGGUGCGGAAUUCCUCAGAAGGGCCUGAGGGGAAAGGCUUUUAGUACCAAAUAAUAAGAAACCUCAAAAGCAAGGACUUGAACAGCCUUAACCAAGUACUCUUUCCCACAGCAGUGGGAAGUGGAUGGGAUGAUCCCCAGGCACAGGCGGGAAGUGACCCCGCAUGGCUGAUUUGACGGCUUUUCCCCUGGUUGCAGUAUUGCCUUGUUAGAUGUGUUUCCAUUUGGAUUCCGCCUGUUCUCCUUGCCAUCAGGACAUGAGGUGCAGAACCAAAAGAAUUUGCUGCUACAGUCAUUUCACCAUUGAAGCACAUGAGCAGAGAAAGAUAAAAAUAGCUCAUGGAAGAGAAUCUGCCUCUCUUUUCACCCAAGUUUCUGACGGAAGUAGGAGCAGACUUUUCUCCUCUAAAAAAUGUGGCUUAAAUGAAGAAAAUCCUCUGCAGCUGCUAACUGGAGUGCAGUGUCAGCCCCGCUGUCUCAUCGCUGGUCUCGCACCUCUCACCCUUUGCCUGGCAGCACCUGCAGGGCUUGGCCAUCCUCAAGUGUAUGCUACUCGGUUCAGCGAAGGAGGAAGGGGUCCUUUGGGGUUACAUGGCCAGCACUCCUAGCCGUGAGCCUUAGCCACUUUGACACAAACAUUCUGGACUCUGCUGGCUCAGGUUUUAACAUAUUUUAUUCUGGGUGGUCACAGUUCACAGUGUAGCUCUAAUCUCCCAGAUCUUUCUGCUUUUGGAAAGGAAGUGUCAUGAAAAAUACUUUUAUACACCCAAAUAUCGGGGGGGAUCCGACUUUGAGUUUGGUUUUUGCCAUAUGACGCCGGUAGCUGCUUAAACUUGGCAGAGAGUGAAGGGGUCAGCCAGGCGGGUGCCACACGCACGCUGCCACCAGCUUCACGCUGCCCUGCCCUCUCCUUUCACCUCUGCCUCUGUCCCUUCUCUUCCCAGGCCAAGAACGACAGGGCUCUCUACACUAAACCAUCAGUCUGCAGUUUUAACAACUAAUUGUGAGGUUUUUUUGCCUAUAGGUGCUUAUUUUUCAGAGGAUACUUUUAGAAUUAAAGUACAAACCUACCUAAAGUGUAGGCGCCAACACAGUGAAUCCUGCACCUCCCAGGGCAGAUAAAGGAACAGCCCAUGGCUGGCACACAGGACUCUGAUUUCCCACUGCAAGCCUGAGCAGACUGAAUGCAGGAUUUGAAGGGAGAAACCUUCAAGGGAGUAGUUCUUGGAGAUAAUUUUCUCAAGGUGAUGAAUAUCCUGCUGGGCUUAUUCCACACUUAAAUCUGAGGCCAUUUAACUUCAGAAGUUUCUUAAAAGAUGGAAAAGAGAUUCCAAGAACAGGAAAAUGUAAGGACCAUUCAGAGAGGUCAGUAACAAAGAUCACAGGGUAUCCUGUUGCUGCCUGAAGAAUUUUUUUUUAAUGCAGGACAUUUAAAAAAACCUGUAUGGCAACAGGAAUUAAUUUCUCAAAGAAAAUGCAUUCAGAUGCAUUUCUGGCAUAGAGUCUUAUGUGUUGAUAUUUGGUGCUAUCUAUAUCCAACCAAUUUGUUACCUACUCUUAAAUUCAGGCUAAUCUUCUCAUGUGCUUUUUGGGUGUAUAAAAUUAGACACACACACACAUAUAUUUCUUUUUGCCAAAACAAAAGCUUCCUCCUCAUCAAAUGAUUGCUAAAUCAGAUUUCACUUCUUUAGUUUUAUAUACAUACGGCAGCCCUGGACACUUAGCAGCUUGCGUUCUUUCCUGGGAAUGCAGCUUUCUGGUAGUGACAUACAACUGAAGAGGGCCCAUCUGUUUGGUUCCCCAGCCAGUCCUUGUACCCAAGUUUCAGGGGAGAAUCUGAAAUUCCUAUCAUGUUUACAGCAGCAAUCUGUCAUUUCCCAGCUGGCUCAGCCUCUGCUCUCCUUCCAUAAUAGAACUGUUAUUUUGUUAUUUAGUGGGCACAUCUGUUUCUGAGAAGGACCAGUUGGUUUGUGUGGAAUCUCAGGUUAUCACUAAGCCGCAGCCCAGAGCCAUUGGGCACAGCAGGGAGGCAGAUGGGCAUGUAGAGAAGGGGCUGCACCACGUCUUGUUGUGCCUGCUUGUGAACCUCUUUCCUUGUUAGGACUUUACUCGUUCCUCAAGACCAGAACUCUGCGGAGGCUGUCAGGUAAGGAGGGCCCAACUUCCGCAGUGCUGGGUACGUCUCCCUUCCCAGAGGCCAUGAUCGCACCACAUGGGCACUGCAGUUAUGGGGGACACUGACCACCACCAAUCAACCUUGAUGUCUCAUGAAAACAAAAUGACCUGCCUUUUUAUUUGAUAGUAUAUCAUUUAUUUUAUAAAUUUUUUAGGGUUUUUUUCUCAUUGUAAUAUUAUUGUACAGUUUUGCAUGGCCUGGGUGUAAUCAUUUUUGUUUAGAAUAUAAUGCUGACCAGUAUGUGUGUAUGGAAGGGGAAAAGAUAUGCUUUGGCCUCUUAUCACUUAUUUUAUUUGGUUUUAUGCCCUCCAUGUCUUAGGGAACUUUGUUAAGAGAUUCUCUGCUACCAAACAAUGAUGUGGAUUCUUUUGCACAGAAAUAUUUAAGGUGGGAUAGUCAAAAAUGUUAACAAGACUCCUCACCAAUUAUUUUAUGUUGCUAUCACUUAAUAUUAACCAGACUUUGAUGUACUGCAAUAAAACAGGGAGCUGUUGGAACUGA